UGAAGUGUUUCCUAUUUUCCUGAAUUAACACACAGAUGCUGGGGUAAAAGGUUAACUUUCGGACGACAGCCUUAUGAAUAUCUGUGGCGGUAUACGGCUACGCUUUGCGCUCGUCAUUAUCACGCUGCUAAUUAUGAGUCUUUCUGAACAGCAGCAGUAGCAGCAGCGCACGCACUGUCUGACCAAGAGCCAUGACUCUGAGCUCCGAGAUGUCGGACGCGUGUGCGCUCUCGGAAGAGCCGGACAUCGAUGUGGUGGGCGAAGGAGACGACGACGACGUCGACGCAGCCGCACGCUCGCGCCCCUACGACGACGAUUUUUCGCGCGCUCGAGACGAGCUUUUCCUCGCAACUUCGCCUCAGUGCGCGGACACUGCUCAUGGCACCGCUGGAUCAGGCGCGCGCGAUGCUUACAAACCGGCGAGCAAGAACGCUCUGGUGAAGCCGCCAUACUCGUACAUCGCGCUCAUCACCAUGGCCAUCCUUCAGAGUCCCAAGAAGAGGCUGACCCUCAGCGAGAUCUGCGACUUUAUCAGCAACCGCUUUCCGUACUACCGCGAGAAGUUUCCUGCAUGGCAGAACUCGAUCCGCCACAAUCUUUCACUUAAUGACUGUUUCGUCAAGAUCCCCCGCGAGCCCGGCAACCCAGGAAAGGGUAACUACUGGACGCUGGACCCGGAGUCGGCCGACAUGUUCGACAACGGCAGUUUCCUGCGGCGGCGAAAGCGCUUUAAGCGCCAGCAGGCACCAGAGCUUCUGCGGGAACACGGCGCUUUCGUCCCUGCGUACGGCUACGGAGCUUAUGGUUGCGGGUACGGCUUUCAAAUUCACGCGGCAUAUCACGCGCAUUCCGCACUCCUUACCUUUCAACAACAGCAGCAGCAGCAACAACAUGCGCCUCCUUCUUCAAGACACACAGGAACUCUGAUCCCCGCGCCUUCCCUCAUGCAGAACACAGCCGAACUCGCGCGCUCCCGUUUUUAUCCUCCGUUGAGUCCCGGGAUUUCCUCCCCGUUACAGACUGCGACCAAAUCCCCGGUGCACCGCUCAACGUUCUCCAUAGAAAGCCUCAUAGGAAGCGUUGGGAACCCAACGCAUGCGCACUGUGCCUCACGGACUCCGCCGGCGUCUUUCGGACCGAAUGGAGCCGCAGCCGAAAAGUUUCCUACACGGACUGUCAGUGGCACAAGCGGCUGUUAAUAUCUUAAGUGAAGUUCACAUAAAAAAGAUACACACAAACGCGCCUGUUUUUUAAGGUAGGAUUUUUGUUUUGGUUAUUAGUUUUUUUAUGCAGCUGUAAAGUAGACUUGUAAAAUAUAAAAAUGCCCCAAUGUAAACAGUGAGAUAGUUAAAACGGCAUAGGGAAUCUCAGGAUAAUAACAUGCUUAUCUUUAACAUACUAUAACAAAUGCAAUGUAUGCCCCAUUUUAAUGAGACCUUUGAAUUUUUAGUUUCAAUUUGUUCGUUUCGUGAGUUUCCACGAAGGACUUUGAUACAAUUUGUUCUUAUAUCAAUAAUUUGUACAUUGUUUUAGUUGUA